AAAAAAACACAUAUAAGAAAGAACAAAAGCCAUUCUCAAUUAUUUUAUCUUGUACCCAUCUCUCUCUCACACCAACAGUCAGUCAUAUUGUCAUACUCUCACAGUUUCAGAGAGAAAAAGACAGAGGGAAUGGAGGAGAGACCGGAGACUGAGCUUAUAUCAAUACCGGCGACACCAAGAGCAUCGACGCCGGAGAUACUGACGCCUUCGGGGCAGAGAUCACCAAGGAUUCCGGCGUCGAAAGAGGCCAAGUCAUGGACGCCGUCAUCGUUUAUAUCCCCUCGGUUCUUGAGCCCUAUAGGGACACCAAUGAAGAGGGUGUUCAUCAACAUGAAGGGUUACUUGGAGGAGGUGGGUCACCUCACAAAGCUCAACCCUCAAGAUGCUUGGCUUCCCAUUACUGAGUCUCGCAAUGGCAAUGCCCACUACGCUGCUUUCCAUAACCUCAAUGCUGGUAUUGGAUUUCAGGCCCUAAUCUUGCCAGUUGCCUUCAGUUUUCUUGGCUGGUAUGCUUCUUAA